GCAACAUCCAUACCUGCGUGGUCGCCCUGUAUACGUAGGAUUACUGUUUAGUAAAACCGAUCACAAAAACACAAAGUGUACAUGAUAGGGGCAGCAAAUUUCACACGGGCGGUAUUCAUUUCACUUGGUACACGACGUGUCUAGAAUAUUAAACUUCUCGAUGGUUUAAGCAUAUAAAAUGCUAUUAGUUUCGUGUGGUUUAUCAAUCCUACGUAAAAAUCGCUUGGAAAUGGGUGGCCGAGUGGUAUUGGCUAUUUUUAUUUGUUUAUGCGGCGUCCACGCCGGGGAAAAUCCGUUUUUCCUUACUGCCGCCAAGAACGUCCCCCGAAUCGGUAGGAGUCCGCACAGGAACGGCAAUUCGGACUUUGAACAGUUCUUUUUGAAAGCAUCCAAAUCAGUGCCGAGGAUCGGAAGAAGGAAUGAGAAUAUGGAAUCACCAAGAAACGAAGACUGGCAAGGAACAACGCGGCAAAUUAAACUUCCAAACUGGUCAGAAAUAGCAGAGCGAUACGAGUACGAACCAGAAUUGUUUGUUUCUCCCGGCAACUUCGGGGAAAAUGAGGGCGAAAUGGCGGACGAUCCUUCCAUCUACCACUGGGACAAUUUUCGAAUUAAAAGGAACGUCCCGUCCAGAUUCCAGCACGUCAACGCUAAAAACAAAGUUGCGGUUCCCCAACAAUAAUUAAUUCAAGCUGGGGUUUGCCUAUAUAAUAGAUUUAGUACAAUAAAACAGCUAUUGCAGACAAAAUUUUAAGGUUUAUUUGCCCCUCAAAUUUGUUGAUUUUUGUAAAAUUUAACUUUUCCAUUUCUUACAGUUUACGCUAAAAAAGAAAAAAAAAUGUAUUGCAAUUAGUAAUUUGAUAAAAUGUCCUUAAUAAGCGGUAAAUUCAUAUUUAUUAAGUAACUUUGUCUUCUUCAGCAAACUAAUAUA